CUACAGCAUUAAGUCGUGUUUGUUCUGACUAAAUGUUGAGUGGGCGACUCUCUGCUGCUGCCUCUUUGUUUAAUGGAGAUAUCAGCGAGUGCUAAUGAAGUCUGCUAAUCCUCUGAACGCUCCGUUAAUUCCUGUCCUCUUCAGCCUAACAUUCUGCCGUUGUAUUUGUUGAUGGCUGGAAGACGCUGCUGCUGCUGAUAGUUUUAUUGUUUUAUUGCUCAGACUCCAUUUAAAGUCAAUAAGUACUAAUGGACGUUUGUUUAACUUGAAUGUCAGCGUUCCUUCAUCACCUCGCUGCCCACCAGCUGUCAAUCAAACACGCCGUGUCAUGUGACCUGCUGGAGGAGGAGACUGAGGCUUCAAAACAGCAGCACUCAGAGGACCAGGACCAGAGACAAGUCCACAACCAGAACCAGGACCAGCGGAAGAUACCAGACCAGCAGACAGUAUGCAGUGUGUACGUUGUCCCGCCAUCUUCGUUCUUGUGGUGUUGGUCCUGUGCGGCCCAGCUGUUUCCUCUCAGCCCGACAGAGACCAGGACCAGUACCAGAACCAAGACCUGGAACUGGAGCUGCGUCAUCACCGGCUGCUGCAAAGGGCUCAGAACGCAGGACUCCUGUCACAGGAGUGGAGUAAACGUGCGGUGGAGGACCUGCUGGCUCAGAUAUCUCUACCUGAGUCUCCCCAGAGGGAAGCGGAGGUGGUUUCUAUGGCAACAGGAGGAAGGAUGAACCUGGAGCGGUCCGUUGACCCACCCAACAACCUGCCUCCCCGCGAACGCAAAGCUGGAUGCAAGAACUUCUACUGGAAAGGCUUCACUUCCUGUUAAGGGCCGCCCAGCUGAGGCCACACCUUCACCAGACCAACCGACCAAUUCCAGAUCACCUGACCUUCACCUGAGCAACUGGACUGACCAAUCAGUGGCUGUCUGGCUGCAGUGUACCUGAA